AUGUUCAAUAAUAUCUAUCAGUCUGUUUGUCUUCCACCGGAAGUUAAUAUCUAUUUAUCUCUCUAUAUAAUAAUUGUGAUCUCUCUCUGUCUCUCUCCAUUCAAUUUCUAUCUAUCUAUCUAUCUAUCUAUCUAUCUAUCUAUCUAUCUAUCUAUCUAUCACCUAGCCUGUUCAUAUCUAACUGAGACAGAUAGAGAGAUAGACAGCUUCUUCAUAUCUAUCUAUCUAUCUAUCUAUCUAUCUAUCUAUCUAUCUAUCUGUUUACUUCCAUGUCCCAAACUCUUGCAACUCUUUCCACAUCGCCGCUCAUUAACCCCUCCUCUCUCCGCCUUCGACGAGGUGCCGGGCGGUGUCGCCGAUGCAAGCAGGCAGGGCAGUAGGGGACGUCCCUUAUUUAUUUAUUCAUCCCCCCUUCUUUUUUCUUUCUUUCUUUUUUCUCUUUUCCUUUUUCUUGCUUUCUUUCUUUCUGUCUUUCUUUCUUUGCUUUUCUUCUUAUUUACUCCAAUAGCCAUUUAUUUAUUCUUUCUUUCUUUCUUUUCUUUCUUUCUUUCUUUGAAGAUUUCUCUUCUGCGUUUCUUUCUUACUUUCUUUUUGCUUAAAUUUUCCCUCAUAAAUCUACUCAAUAAUCUAUUCAUUCGUGAUCUUCUUUCUUUCUUUCUUUCUUUCUUUCUUUCUUUCUUUCUUUCUUUCUUUCUUUCUUUGCUUUUCUUAUUUACUAACUCCAAUAGACCUUUAUUUAUUUAUCCAUCUCCCUCUUUCUUUCUUUCGUCCUUCUUUCUUUCUUAUUUCUUUACUCCAAUAGCCCUUCACUUACUUAUUGCUCAGAAGCUGGAGUCACAUUAUAAACAAGCUAUAUAA